AUGCAUGUUUCUCCCUUCGCAAAGUCGUUUGCUUCGGAAGGUGAUUGUGUGAUAAUUAUAUAUGGCAGAGAUGACACCAUACCAAUUAUACUUAAGGCCAAUGAUCUUAUUCAGACCAAAUAUGGUGCUUUGAGGCAUAACGACAUAAUUGGGAAGCGAUACGGAUCUCAGAUCCCAACCUCCCGUGGCCAUGUACACAUUCUGGCUCUUAAUCCUGUCAUCUGGUCGCACAGCCUACCACAUCGCACCCAGAUCCUUUAUCCUCCUGACAUCAGCUUAAUUGUUGGCUCACUUGAUCUACGACCUGGCCGAUGUGUUCUUGAGGCUGGCACUGGCAGUGGCUCGCUGACGCAUGCUUUGGCCCAGGCUAUCUGGCCAAAUGGUCGUGUUAUUACCUUCGAUUUUCAUGAGCUGCGUUCCCAGAAGGCCUCUGAGGAAUUUAAGGUUUAG